UAAAGAUAAAAGUGCUUAUAAAUUAUAGUUAUAUAACAAUCUUAUUUACUUUCUUAGAUUCCGCUCGAAACUCAUCUAGCAACAUGAAGUACUUGGUUCUGUUCGCGGUUGCAGCUCUUUUUGGAUGCGUCCAAUGUGACAAAGAGUGCUUCAGAGGGGUGUUCAAAGAAUGUAUAAGAGAACCAGUCCCAAUGGAUCGAAUGACUCUCUGCGAUGAAGUCAAAUACCAGGUAGAUUGUGUUGCUCGCGUUUCAAAUGAAUGCAACAUGCCCUUCAAAGCAGAUGCCGAUAAACUCAAAACAGGUGUUAUGAGAGUUUGUACACUUGAUGCCAUCAAACAAUGGUUUCUUAAAGAAAAACCUUGCUUCAGGAAAUCUGUCAACGACAGCCAGUGUACUGGUCCCCUGGAUGAAGCCACGAGUAACCUCAAGACUUCUGAAGAUUCCAUCAGGGCGAACAAAAAGGUUUGCAAGUUAUUCGAACCUUACUCAAACUGCGUAGAAGAGAAAGUUGAAAAUAACUGUGGAAGAGCAGCUCAAUUUUUGUUCGACUGGGUUUACAAGCCUUUCCGAAGCAUGAGUAAUUCUCUUUGCGAGGAGUUGAUUCUUCCAGCAGAUGAGAAAGACAGCCGACCUGACAACUUCGGACUCCUCAAUAUUUAUUACACUGUAGUAGGACUCUUUUUUGCUUCUUAAAUAAACAUAAAAAUGUAUAAAUUUAUAAAUUUAUAAAAUAAAUGCCAUGACUAUAA